AUGUUCGCCAAAGCAAGCGUCUUGGAUAUAUUGAAACCGACCAAUGUUGAACUCUGUUCAAUCAUACAGAAAUCACUGGAGAAAAACUUCAAAAAUGUGGAAGUGGACGUUAUAACUUGUCCAGAUUUGUCAGCAGCGCCUUUUAACAUGACAUCAAAUGGUUUUGGACGUAAACUCGUAAUAGCUGAAGUUGGCGGACCAGGCAAUCUUUUUCCAGUCAUACAUAAAGAAAAGGAGUUUGAUCUGCAGGAAAUCUGCCGGCAUUGCCAAGCACCAUCGUCUUUUGUGUUCGGUCCUGGAGCAGGUCCAUGGCAAGUGGUUGGGAAAAAUUGUGAGAUGGUCGCUGAUGCGAAUUUCUCUACAUCAAAGGUUGCUACCAAGUUAGCCUCGAUAGUGGGAGGUCAUGAAAAACCGUAUUUAAUGUCUACAACUGAUUCUCCAAAAUUCAAUUUGAUGGCUAAUCUGGCAGUAUCUGCCGAAGCUGGGCCUGCUGAG